AUGCGCGCUACCAAUAGGGUCAUUUUUUGGAGAAAAAAAAAAAUUCAACUUUCUUCGCUUUUCCAAACCGAGAAAACUCCAAUGCCUAAUAAUAACUCAUCUCAUCGAUACUCUGUUCAACUCACCAAUAUCAUAGUCCAACAAUUAUCAUUAAACAUGGCUUCUAAAAGAAAAAGAAAGGAAAAACAAAAAGAUUUUACUAAAGCAAAAUUAAAGGUUGGUAAGACUGCUCAAAAACCGGAUAAUUAUACGGAUACCUCAUUCAAAUCAAAAACCAUCUCUUUACCCAAUCAAUCUAUUGCAUCAAGUUCUAAUUCUAGUGUUGGCUCUCGUGCUUCUGGACCAUCGGUAGGUCCUUCAUUAGCUGUGUUGGCUCAUCAAUUAUCAUUAACCAAACAUCAUUCUUCCAACACAAGAAAAGAAGUUUUGAAUUAUUUACAAACACAUUUACCUGAAAAUCCUUCAUAUUAUAAGAAUAUAAUGACUAGUAUCUUACCACUAAUCCUAGAUGAAGAUAAGGAAGUACGAAAAGCUUUGAUGGGUUUACUUUCUGCUAUUUUUGAAAAACAACCUGGAUUAAUUGAUUUACAUUUACGAUCAACCAUAUUAUUUAUUUUAUCAGCAAUGAGUCAUAUUAUACCCAAUAUUCGUACCACUAGUACUCAUUUUUUAAGAAUCAUUGUUGAGAAUAGUCAUGGAAAUUUGAUAAAUUCUUAUUUUGUUAAAAUAAUGAGAAAUUGGUUUGUUUUAAUGGGAUGGAGUUUAAAUGAACAAGAUUCGAAACAAUUAAGUAUGGCUGUGACAACUCUUAGUAUUACUGCUAUGAAUGCUAAUUCCAAACAAGCCAGAAUUGGUCAUUUACAGAAUUUAAAUAAAUUUUUACUGAAAACUUUGCAACAUGAUCAAGAUCUUGAUAAAAUCAAAGACAUAAAACUAAAUAUCACUAUUCAUCCACAAAGUUACAAGUAUUUAUUGACAGAUACGGUACAACCAUAUCAACCUUUAAAAUUAUUUGUUAAGGAGUUUAAGAGUGAAGGUAGUGGGUCCAAUGGAUCAGGAAUCUCAAUGUUAGAUUUAAAUUCUAUAUCUACUGAAGAUUUAGAUACAAGGAAAAAAAUCAUGAAUGAUGUGUUCAAACCAUUAAUGAUUAAAAAUUUAAACACAUUCGUUAAAGAAGGUGGUGAUAUCGGAAGAGAAGCUAAUAACUGUAUAAGUAUUAUUACUCAAGCAUGUACGUCAAGUAGUGAAUAA